CUACCCAGUUAUAAUAUUAGUCAUAUUGGUAUUUAUUAUUAAUUUAUGUAACACGAUCAUCGGUUCCCAGCGGCAUUGUCGGAACAUAGAGAUACUCGUAUACAAAAACGUAAUCAGGAAUUUUUAAAUAGCUGACUGUUGCUGUCAGACUAUCUUUACAUUUUACAAUAGUAAGACCGUUAUUUACUGCACUGAUGUUGAAUCUCAUCAUGGCUCGUUUAUGCAGCCUUCUUGCAUGGCUCAUAAUUUUUUAUUCGCUUCUGUUUUUAACAUACGCUCAGGAUGCUGAAAACAAAACUGAACAGACAUCUGGAAAUUCUAGCGAAGCGGCCACUUCGGUGUGCGAUGCACCAGCAUGCAAGAAAGCAGCGAAGAAGAUUCUGGACCGCAUAAACACCACAGCCGACCCAUGCGACGAUUUCUAUCAAUACGCGUGUGGAAAAUGGAUAGAGAAUCACGAAGUUCUCGAUAACGAGACGUCCAUCACUGAUUCUUAUUACCUAGAGAAAACACUGGAACAAAUCGGUCAAGACUUACUGGAAAACGUCACAAAGGAGAGGUUUCCGUCGGAAGUUAAAAUGAAACUCUUGUACCGACAGUGCAAAGAUGAAGACACAAUUGAGCGGCAAAGCGCUAAACCAUUGCUGGAUUUCCUGGAUAAGCAUUUGAGCGGAUGGCCCAUCGUCACUCCCAACUGGAACGCUUCCAGUUUUGACCUCGUUGACGCGCUACUCAAAUUUUACUUCACGGGCAGUGAGCACUUUUUCGGUAUUCUUGUUAACCAGGAUGUCGUCAAUCCGUUAACUAACGUGAUGACUAUUAUCGAACCGGCCACCUUCGCCAGUGUGGACUUAUUGACGAAUGAAAUUACAGAAAAAUUGUAUGUUGCAAAGUAUUUACAACACUUGUUGAACGUAACAACUUUGCUGCUGCAAGAGACAAACCAGUCACGUGCGGACGUCAACCAAUUAUCACAGAAUCUCACGGAUAUUGUCGCGACUGAAAAGUACCUCGCCAUGGCCGGGCUGUCUGCCGUAGAUUCUCAGAAUGAUUCUAUAUUUCUGAACAAAAUGACGCUAAGUGAAUUUGCCCAAAGAUACCAGUUCAACUCAUCCUUGAUGAAGAACAUGACGGAAUAUCUGCGCGCUUGUUUCAAGGAGGCCAACAUGAUGAGCGUCGUCCACAAUGAUACUGUCGUGGUUGUGCCAAAUUUGUCAUUUUGGUCUAAAUUGGACACCAAAUUCGUGGAGUUUGAGCAACAAGGCGCGGAAGGAAUGAAACGUGCCGCUAACUAUAUCGGCUGGAGAGGUAUCCACCAUGCGCUGAGUUCCUUGUCCCUUAAUUACAGAAGGAGACGCGCAGAGUACGAGGAACAGAUCAGCGGUAUGAAGGCUGAGCAGGAACUGCCGGCUGGCCAGCGCUGUCUACAUACCGUAACGGAGUCGCUACCUUUGGCAAUGGGAGCGCUAUUCGUUCGAGAUGUCAUUCCUAAAGAUCUUAAACAAAAAGCAGCCCUUAUGAUCAACGACAUUCAAACGGGUUUCAAAGAACUACUGGACGCUGCCAGCUGGAUGGACAACAGCACGCUGGAGGCAGCGCAUAAGAAACUGUCAUCUAUGAUUAACGAAGCCGGCUAUCCGGACAUUAUGGUCAACAAUAUCUCCUUAAUCGAUUCCGAAUAUAGAGAGAUUGUCAUCCAAGACAGCUAUUCCGCAUCCAUGACGCAGAUAGCCAGAUAUCAGAAUGUUCGCGCUUUGAGGCGUUUGUUGACAACGAAUGUACGCUAUGACCCCAUCAAGGACACCGGCGAUAUCACCAAAGUGAAUGCCUUUUACGAGCCGACUUAUAACGGGUUAAUCAUAAAUGCAGCCAUUUUGCAACCGCCGUUCUACGACCCAGACAGCCCAGAAUAUUACAAUUACGGAGGCAUCGGUAUGGUGAUUGGCCAUGAAACAACGCACGGCUUUGACAGUACCGGAGCGAACUACGACGAUCAAGGCGCCCGGAGGUCAUGGUGGACGAACACUACGAAAGCGGCUUACGAUAUUCGUACAAAGGGCAUGGCGGCUCAGUACGAUAACUAUACCACGGCGGUUGGGCAAGUGGAUGGGCAGUUGACACUGGCAGAGAAUAUAGCCGACAACGGUGGUACAAGGGCAGCGUACAAGGGAUACCUUCAACAUUUAAGGAGGCAAACAAAACCCGAACCGGUUGCCGCCGAAUUGGGCCGUUACUCUCCGAAACAACUGUUUUUCUUGUCGUUCUCACAGGUUUGGUGCGAAAAGAGCCGGCCAGAAGUCAGCCGUACGCAGCUGCUCACAAGUGAGCACUCACCGGCAGAAUGGAGAGUCAAUGGCGUGGUCUCCAACAUGGUGGAGUUUUCGGAAGCGUUCAACUGCUCAUUCGGUGCCAGAAUGAAUCCCAGUGACAAGCAGACCGUCUGGUAAUACCGGCCACGAGAAUAAUGCCGAUGACGUUUGUAAUAACUGGAACUCUGAGUUGCGCGACAGGAGCAUAAAUGUUACGACGUGCUGCCAUAAAUGACAGUACUAUAGAAUUUUACCAGGUAAUUAUUUCUUCUGACGUGCUACUUACUGCUAAGUACGUGCUCCUUAUAUAGAUUGAAGAUUCCAAUAAAAGUGCGCAUGCAAGAUAAAUGUGCACGUGCAUGAAAUAAAGCAAA